AUGUCUGACUCUGAGACUGCUGAUCUGUCGAGCAAAUACGUCCUCCAAACCGCUGGUUUUGACGCUCGCUUUCCGAACACCAACCAGACGCGUCACUGCUUCCAGAACUACACGGACUACUUCAAGUGCGUUACCGCCAAGGGUGAAGAGUUCGCGCCAUGUAAACAGUUCAAGCGCGCCUACAACUCAUUGUGUCCUAAUGAAUGGAUAGCGAAGUGGGACGAACAGAGGGAGAACGGCACAUUCCCUGCGUCACUAGAGCCUUGA